AUGUUGGUUGAAAAAAAAUGUUUACUUUUAUCAAGAAUUAUUGGAAUCUUCACAGCAGUUGUUACUUGCAUCGUUGGACUAGACUGUGCUCUAAACGGCCAUGAGCUAAGUUUGUACAUCUUUGUUUCUUCGUUCAUCAUUUUCUUUUUUGAAACCGAGUGGAUGAUAGAUUUCUACAUUAGAGAUUCUAGUCGGAGCACGGAAAGUAUUGGAGUUCGUUGUUGGUCUGUUAUUUACUCAGCGACGAGCGGUUGGAAAAAGGGAUUAUUUUACUUGCCGCUCGCCUGUAUAUUAGCCUGGAUAUCAUAUAAUACUUGGCUUUAUUAUUCUAAUGCCCUGCUAUUAUUGUCAUUGACGAUCAUGCAUUCAGCUACUCAUAAUACCCCAAAUUCAGCAGUACAAGUUUCCCUAACUCACUCGGUGAAUCAAAAUUUGCUGAAUGCAACGUCCGAUUGUCACAAUCACUUUGAAGAAGUCUUGAUAAUCGAUGAUUGUGUGGGUAGUCGAAGAGGCUUCGGUGAGUGUCACGAAACUAUAUGACAAGAGCGUCAGCCCUCGUGGGCCAGUGAGACGGACGAAGAUAGCGAGGCUGAACCUCAACAAAUUUGUCA